GAAAUCCAACUCGGGAAUCAGUGAAGUCACGAGAAUCCCCCAUGCAGAGCAGGAGCUGGCAGGAACGUCUGUUUGUUGUCCCGCAGAAGAAGUGGUACAGCCCACGCGGAUCGGUCGCUAUGGAGAGCAGCUCCCUGUGAGCGCGAGCCAGACCAGAGAGAGCAGAGGGACGAGCCCGGAGCCGAAAGUGCCGAAGCGCACGAACACACGCCGAUUAUGGAGGAAAAACCAGCACAAAGGGCUCGCUUGCUUUCAAACGGACUCGGAGUUUCGACUUUUGUUCUCAUCCUUUGCGGACUAACCGGUGUGAGCAGUAAUCAGGUGGUGGUUCAGAGAAAUGUGAACGCAGUGCUGGGGAAGAACAUCACGCUUAGCUGCAUAAUCGAAGUGGGCUCCAACCUCAGCCUCACACAGAGCUCCUGGGAGCGUAAUCUUCCAUCAGGCACCAUUACCCUGGCAGUGUUCAAUCCUGUGUUCGGGACCUCUUACUCUCCAGAUUAUGGCAAGCGCAUCUCAUUUGUUUCACCUUCACAACGAGAUGCCACCAUCACCCUUGAAGGAGUGGGUUUUGCAGAUGUUGGGAGCUACACCUGCAAAGUGGCAACUUUUCCCCUGGGCAAUACACAAGCAUCAACUUUUGUCAAUGUAUUAGUGGAGCCAAAAGUGUACGUGUCUGCGGGUUCAACACCUCUGCUAGAGGGAAGGAACGAAUCUCUGGUGGCCAUCUGCAUAGCUGAGCGUGGCCGUCCCGAGGCAGAGGUUUCCUGGGAGUCGGACCUGUCUGGACAGUCGGUGACCCAAACUCAUGAUGAUGCCAACGGCACCACCUCCGUGCAAGUGAGCUACAUGUGGCGGCCACAGAGCUACGCCCAGGGGAAGACGCUCACAUGUGUGGUGCGCCACCCAGCCCUGCAAACUGAGUUUAAAAUACCCUACACAUUAAAUGUUCAGUUUGCACCAAUAGUAUCAGUAGAAGGAAAGGACAGAAGUUGGUAUGUGGGCCAAAAAAAUGUGAAAUUCACGUGUGAUGCCAAGGCGAACCCGCCCGCCCAACGCUUCACAUGGAUCAGGUUGGAUGGACCCAUGCCUGACGGUGUUGAGAUCUCAAAUAAUAUUCUUGCCUUCACCCGCCCACUGAAGCGCAAUGACUCUGCAAUCUAUCGCUGUGAGGUGAUGAAUAAAAUCGGCCUCCGCGGUGAAGAUGUAAAUUUCUGGGUACAAGAUCCUCCCCCCACCACUGCAGCGCCCAGCACCACGGCUCCUCCCCGCCGCGACACCUCCAGAACUGACACUGCAUUCGACAUGUGGGGAGCCCUGUCCACCUCCCCCACCCUGGCCUCCAUCCACGAGAGCAGCCUUGGUACUAUAGUUGGUGGAGCCGUGGGCGGGGUUCUGUUCUUGGUCCUUUUGCUGAUCCUUGGGGGGGCUUGUUUCAUGCGCCAGCGGAGAACCUUCAGGGGAGACUACUACACCAAGCAGUACCUGGGACCCUCUGACAUGCAGAAGGAGUCUCAGCUGGACGUCCUGCAGCCGCACGAGCUGCAGGAGGUCUACGGCGACAAAAUGAGCAAAGGCAGCCAGGAACUGAAACCCAAACUGGGGGGGGACAUUAUUUACCCGGACUACACCCCUGAGCAGAAAGAUAUGGACGAGUGGGCCAACAGGGGGGACGGCCACAUGGGCAACAAGGAGGACAACUACUACGCAAAUCACUACACCACCCAAAACAUGCACCCAUGUGGGCCUCCUGUGCACAGCCCCAUUGUGAACAACGGCUCCCCCUACAUUCCGGAGGACUGCUAUGACAACGGUACAGACAGCGACUACGUGUCCCACAUGGACGGAUCUGUGAUUUCACGCAGAGAGUGGUACGUUUGAGGAAAAAUCUUUUUGGAGAAAGAGGACAAGUGACUGAGGAGACAAGAUUUCACUGAAGGACUUGUCAUUUCAGUUGAAGAGUAAAUGAAAUCUCACCUUUUUUUUUUCUUGAUUUUCCACAGUGAGAUCUUUGAACAACACUGUUCUGCCUCGAUUGUAACCACUCAACCUUAAGGAUGUGUUCGUGGAUUGUAUUAUACUUUUUGUAGCGUUUCAAAGAGCUACAAACGAGCUGGAAUGCCCGUGUUUGCUUAAGCGUGUGUCUGUGUUUCCACUGAUCCUCUUCCACUGAGGAGGCUUUCCUGCUUGUUUGUGUUUGCACCUGUUGCUUUUCCGAGGUCAGAGGUCGGGUGUUCAGAUUCUUUGUUAGUAAAGUAUUUAUACCCCUGACUAAUUAAGCUCUCCUCCCACAACAUCUUACAACUUCAGUGACAUUUGGGCAGCUCUGCCGCUCGCUCUGAGCAUUUCCACACAGCACUGCAGCAGCCAGUAUUUCAACUUAAAUAUAUGCGUUUAUUUGUACUUUUUGACGCACAAGUAUCAUUUAGUGAAAGGGAAGUCUCCAGAAUUAAAGGGAGAACUGUGAGACCUUUGUACUAAGGGACAUAUGAUCUGAUAGGUGGGAGAGCUUUUGAUAAUUUCCCCCCUUGCAAACUUUGAGGGAGAAUUUCUCCAUGGAUUAUGCAACACAUCAUACCUCCUAGAAUCUCUUUUGUGGUAAAGCAGAUGCAACUCUCAUGUCGAGAAUUAUUUCCGCUCCCUGCUUCCCUUUAAUGUCUUCCAAAAUGUACCCAAAGUUGUUGACACCCAUAGUUGCCAUGGCUACAGUAAAUGAGCUGUCAACUCGGACCGUUGUGUUUUUGUCGCACACGAAUCUCAGGUAGCUUUUGUAAAUGAUGUUUUGGAUAAAUGUCCGCAAUCAGAACAUGCAGCCUUAAGUUUCCUCACAUCUUGGGGGAUUUGUUUUGUUUCUUGUUGCAAAGUUUGAAAUGUAGCUGUGAAAAAAAAAAAAGAAGCUGAUCGCCAGUGGUGCUUUUCCACGCUCAGUCUUCCGACACUCAUUGGUCUGUGUGGUACCAGAGCUUCACUGAUCGAACUCCAACAUAUCAGCCUGAAUGUUCACAACAGAUGAGCGGCGACGCCGCCGCGCCAGUUCAGUGGCGCGGCGGCGUUUUUGGAUGUGGCUUAAAAUAAAACCAGUUAGGCGUUUCCCUUGCAGCCCUCACAGUGGGACCACACUGCUUUUUCUUUUUUGUUUUUGUUUUUUAUGUUACCAUCACAGAGCGCACUCUGGCAGUGGUCACUCACAACCAACCUGCAAAUAUCAUCUCAUUUGAACUGUUGUUGGUCAGUCAAUUAGAUGAAAAUCCAGCAUAUCAACUGCUAAUCCACACACUUCAUCUUGUAACUUUUCCUCAGCCCAAAUGUUAUCACAGUUGUUGGUAAUUAUUACUAUAACCCUUCUCCACUAAGCCAUGAUAUCAAGCUGCAUCAGUGUUUUCCGUUUGUCCUCCUUACUGUGCUCAGAUUUCUGUUUCUAAAACUAACACCGAUUGGUCAUUAUAGGUUUUUAUGAUAUAAGAUCAAAGCGGCGCGUUAUAAAUACCAGAUGGAGCCAGGACGGCUGUCAUCGUCGGACAUUACGUGGUCCCACAAACCACCGACGGUCUCAGCGCUCCCGCUCAACGCCCCACUGUUGUAGUUUAUGAUCACAAUUAACCAACGGAAAACUAACUGACGCCUCAGUUUUAGCUCGUUUGAAGUAUGAUAUUCUGUUGAUUUGGAAACUGUGAGCAGCUGACCUCACCACCGAACCAGCUAAAAUGGAAGGGUUUGGCUUUCCUGAACAUACAGCAAUCAUGGAAAGGAGAAAAAAAAAAAGAAACUCGAUCCACACUCUGAAGUGUCUGUGACGACUCCCCAAAGGCUGAAAGCAGCACAUCCACGGGAAUAAAGUUGAAACAGAGCAGCUGACAUCACAAAUAAACUAAUUUCUUCUUACUUGAGUUCUUUUUUUCCUUUCAGAAAUGACACAUAGAUCAAAAGAACCUUUGCCAAAAAAGUAAGGAAAAAACUCUUGGAAGAUUCCUUUUUUUCUUUUCUUUCAGUCAGUGAGGGUGUUUGCUGCCAGAUAAAAAAACAGACCUUGUGUGUUUUAGUCAGAUCACAGCAGCAUGUCGGCUAUACUUGGAGAUCUCCUUUCUUAUUGAGGGGUUUUAUAGAUUUUGGGUGCGCUCCUCCACCCUUAUUUUCUCAUGCCAGGGCUAUGGUGGAAGAUUUAAAAGUCUUAGAAUAAACUGCUUUAAUCUCUUUAAGUUGCUCUCGCCCUCAGCGCCUCACACACUCCACACAUCUGCAACUGCUGCCCACAUUCAAAGAGCAGUCCUCACCUCAAACCCUCAGCUUUUUAAUCAACUUUAACAUCCUUCUUCAUCACGCUUGGCAGUGGUGCUCCUACUCCAUGAUAUAUGACACAUAUGUGUCUGUGUGCACUUUUAUUUAUUUGUUGUUAUGCUGUCAGCUUCUGCUUGUUUGCUUCGCGCUAACUGGUGCCUCUGCUCCAAACCCAAGUGAUCUUUUCAACAACCUCGCUGUUCACUUUGACAAGCUGUUUGGCAAAACAAAACCAGCAGAGGUGUUGAAUAAUUUUUGUAAAGCGUCAUCCUUUUUGCCGGCUGGUUGCUGCUGCCGGCAAUCCUCCUUUUUUCCCCUCACUAGUGUUUGUACACAUGUAAAUAUUACCUGAUAGGAUUAUGGGAGAAGGAGCUGCUCCCCUCUAAUGUUCUUGUACAGUUUUCUUUUUUUUUUUCGGGUCUUCCCUACUGAAUAGCUGGUGCCUUAAUGGGCUGAGCAGUGCACAGACUCUAAACCUGAUAGUACAGAAGCAUUAAUGUAAUGGAUGAUCAUUACAAAGAAAGGGACAGGUUGUGUCCCUGGAAUACGUACAUCUUCCUUAUUUAAGAUUUGUUGUUGUGAAAGCAUCAAAACAGACAAAAGGUUGAUUAUCAAGCUUUAUACAUUUUGAAAGGACACAUGUAACAACUUGGUUACUGAGAACAUUACUGUUAAACAAAGUUUUUUUCGUCAAUUUGUCAAGCCAGAUUCAAAGAAAAUAUUGUUUUCCUGUAAAUAUUCUGGCUUUUUUUAUUAUUAUUAUAAUGCAUAGUAAUUUUCUUUGUAUUUUUUGUGUUUUUUCAUGGAAUAUUAGUUAAAAACAUUCAAGCAGCUCUUGUCUCACGAAGACGACUGUUCUGGUUUUCAUUGCAGUUAAUGUUUGUUAUUGUCAGUUUGUGACCAAUGAUUUUUUUUAUGUUGUUUCCCUGAAUGAUUGAUGUCACACAGAAUCAGAUGAAUGGGUGGUAGACUUUGGUUUUUGCUGUUUUUCUUUCUUUGAAAUAAAUCCACCAUUAAUGCCAA